UUUAAUAAUUAUAUACAAAUAUUUUCUAUAUACAUUUAUUACUUUUUUUAUCAUGCGUAAGGGAAUUAUCAAUUACUUGAUAUUUACAGGAUUAAAUUUAAGUUUUAUGUGUGAAGAAGUCCAUAAUCACUCAAAAUGUGCACCGAUUACAUUCAAGAAUGGAUUUUUUAAUGUAACUGCACGUCGAUAUGAAUGUAACAAUGAUUAUUAUUAUUACAUGUUUGGAAAUAAUAGGUUAGAAUGCCGAGAGGAUGGAAAUUGGAAAGGUGAAAUACCUUAUUGUGCUAGAACAAUUUCUAUACAACUAUGGAAAGGCGAUUAUGAAAUAAUUCUUAACAAUCGAUGUGAUAAUUCUAAUGGUGAUAAACCAUGGGAGAUAGAAGUAUUCGGUAAACCAUUCUCUGCUGUAAGAAUAAUAUUUAAAGGAAAUGUUGAUAACAUUGGAUGUCCUGAUGUGAAUUUAAGUAUUAACAAGAAAACGUACGAUGAAACUUAUAAAAUUUGCGAUUUUUAUAACAAAUACUUUGCAUACGAAUUUAAAAAUAUUAUGAAAAUAAACAUUAAAUUUUCUAUAAAGAAAGGUUCGUCUUAUUUUGAUUUAUGUGGAAUCUACGUUUAUUCCAAAUCAGAAGAAAAAUGUUCCAUUGCAUCAAUAACUCUACCAAAUGGAUAUAUUUCUCCUUCAAAUGUUAACUCGUUAAGCUAUGGAGAACACGUGUCAUUUAACUGCAAUGAGGGUUUUCAACUGAAUGGAUAUCGAUAUCUUUAUUGUGGAGUGACAGAUAUAUCGACUCAAAUACCUCAAUGUCAACGGAUCCAAUGCAAAAAUUCUCCGAUGAAAAUAUUAAAUGGUAUGUGGGAAAAUUGGAAUGGAACUAAACGUUACUUUUAUGAAGACGAAAUUCGUCUUAUUUGUCAUCCUGGUUAUAAAUUAAAUGCCACAGGAAGUAUUAAAUGUCUUAAGAACGGAGAAUGGUCCCAUACUCAUGCAGCUUGUAUAGAGAAGAAAUUUCCAAUAUAUUUAAAGAUUCGAUGUAAGAAUUCUCCCAUCGCUAUAUUAAAUGGAAUAUGGGAAAAUUGGAAUCAAAGUAAGAAUUACUCCCACGAAGAUGAACUUCAUCUCAAUUGCGAUUAUGGUUAUAAAUUAAAUGCCACUGGAACAAUUAAAUGUCUUGAGAAUGGAGAAUGGUCCCUCACUUCUGCUACUUGUUUGAAGAAGAAAUCUUCAAUUAAUUUAGUCAUUACAGUAGUAAUUGUUGCUGCAGUUACGCUUGUCGUAUUGGUAGUUGUAUACUUCAUCAUGUUCAAAAGAAGGAAAAGAAGAGACCAAGACGAUGAAAGAAUUAUAGAAAAAACGGCAUGUGAAAAUCCAGUCGAUGAAAAAACCGAAGUUAUAUCGGUAGAACUUGCAAACAACGAAGUAAAAUAUGAAAACUUAGAUGAGUACACAAAUAAUAGGCGUGAAAUUAUUAUAUUCAUGAAAAAAUGUAGUGUUUAUGACGAAAUAUAGCAUUUUAACUAUUUUUUAUUGGUGAAGAAAUGUAUUUUAUUAAUGAAGCAUAUCGAAAUGAGCGCUUCGAGAUCGCUUAUAGAUAGAUAUAAUUUUUAAUGACUGUAAAUUACACAAAAAUUACAGUCACAUUCAAAUAUUACGUGACGUAAAAAAAUGUUUAAACGAACUUUUAAGCAUACUGUCAACGGAUCGGGUGUAAAUUCUUCUAUUUAAUUAUACGUAUAUUUUAAAUCUAUGCUAAUGUAAUGUUUGUAACAUCGCGACGCUUCUACCGCAAUGAUAUCAACUGUAAUGUUUACAUUAUAAUUAUUAUGAAUCUGAGUUUAUAUGACAAUGUCUAAUGUUACCAAGUACAGCUCAGUAAAGAUAUAUUAGUUUCAUUUACAUUAGUAGAUACAGUAGAGCCUCGAAAACUCGGCCUAAUGUAGACCGAAGGAUGGCCGAGUUUGUGAAAAUGCCGGGUUAUCGGGAAUGGGGUUAAAAAAGGAUAAGUA